AAAACAUCUGGGGACCUACAAGUUGAGAACCACUGCUAUAGUUCAAUGCAGAAGGAAGAUGUCUUCUGAAGCAAGGUGUCUUCUGAAAAUCCCAGAUAAUUUUUAUUUUUACUCUCAGGACACUGAACAUCUCUUCUGAUUCUUUGAAUUCUCUCAUUGGCCACUAGAUAGAUGUGUUCUGGGCCCUAGCUUCCACUCAAGGAUAAAAGUAGACAUUAGCGGAAUGAAGGAAAAGUUCAUGGAGAAACAGAGAUAUUGAAGUGCCUCUAAACUCAGCAUGGCUAGUAUCUAUACCUUUGGCAGGAAGGAUUAACACUUGACACAGACACACAUGCACUGUAUAUUCAAUAUCACCACUUCCAGCAGCCAUGUAGUCUCCUGGAGAUAUGCCAACUAUUUGCUUAUCAUUAUUUGUCAACCCGUCAGAUCUUACUGGUGACAUAAGAAUAUAAUUUGUUGGGGGAAUGGUCACUGGGCAACUUUCUAUCGCCCAGUAACACAGAAACCCUGGCAGUCUGUGGAGACCAUUUCCCAGAAACCUACAGGAAUGAAACUUAUUAAUUUUGCCUUUUUCUACCUGCUCUUUGUAACAAAUAAGUCCAAAAUACAUCAUGCUUGUGACGUCUAUUACACACUGAAGCUUCUAGGGAUGGAUCCUUUUAACAGAAUCUACUCAGAACAAUUUGUCUGUGCUGCUGAUUACUCCAGCAAACUUGACACUUUCUACUACGAGAACACAAGAGGCACUCCACGCUAUGGGAUCUUUCAAAUAAGUGGCCUUGAAUGGUGCAAUAAUGGGAGGCAUAAGUCUCCGAACAAAUGCAACACAUCCUGUGAUAACUUUCUGGAUGAUGAUAUUGUAGAUGAUGCACUGUGUGUUAAGAAAAUCGUUGCAAGCACAAAGAACAUGAAAGCUUGGCCAGUUUAUCAGAAAUACUGCACCCGCACUAUAGUGAAUCGUUAUUAUCUGGCGUGCCUUUUUGGAAAGUCUAUGGAUUUACCACAAAAAAGAAACAAAUCCACGCCAAGGAAGAUUCCUGCCUCAGGGGCUGGAUCCAAGAAAACCCAGGGCCCAGGAGGAUGGCUCCGAGCAAGAGACUUAAGGAAACCUCUAACCAUUUAGGGCAGGGGUCCUCAAACUUUUAAAGCAGAGGGCCGGUCCACAAUCCUUUGGACUGUUGAGGGGCCGAAUUAUCAUUUGGGGGGGAAAACCGAACAAAUUCCUAUGCACACUGCACAUAUCUUAUUACUAGUGCAAAACAACAACAAUAACAAUGAAAGAACAAUACAAUAUUUAAAAAUGAAAAUAAUUUUAACCAACAUAAACAUAUCAGGAUUUCAAUAGGAAGCGUGGGCCUGCUUCUGGCCAAUGAGAUAGUCAGGUUAAUUAGGAUUGUUGUUGUUGUUGUGUGUCUUCAAGUCAUUUCAGACUUUGGGUUAGCCUAAGUCCAAAAUUAUUUAUUUAAGUCCAAAAUCGUUUACUACAUUUAUUUACUACAUUUAUAUCCCACCCUUCUCACCCCAAAGGGAACUCAGAGCAGCUGUAUAUAUUAUA